AUGCUUGUCUCUCUCCUCACUCGCCGACAUCCCUCCCUCCUUGUCCGCUACUCAUCGCGUCGUGCCGCGCGCCCUUUCCAGCAUGCUCCAGCACCCCCGCCUCCACCAGACCGUUAUGUCAGCCUCGGAUACGCAUCUUACAUCUCACAGACGACCAAUCCAUACUUCAAUCUCGCAUUCGAGGAUUGGCUCUUCAAAUAUCAGGAUGUCAAGAAACCCGUGUUGUUCGUGUAUCAAGAUGACCCGUGUGUCGUGAUAGGCCGGAACCAGAAUCCAUGGAAGGAGAUAAAUUUUGACCUCAUGGCGGAAAAGGACAUCCUCUUUGUUCGAAGAAGGAGUGGUGGUGGAACUGUGUACCAUGACCUGGGCAACGUGAACUUCUCCAUUCACGUCCCCCGUGAAGUGUUCGACCGCAAGAUGACGGGAGAGAUCGUUAUUCGCGCUCUUCAAUCGCUGAACAUAGAUGCCUAUCUGAAUGAGAGGAACGAUAUUUCCAUUGGAGGCAAGAAGGUCUCAGGUUCGGCCUAUAAGAUUGUCAAGGACAGAGCUUACCACCAUGGCACCAUGCUCAUCUCUUCAAAACUAGAAGAUCUUGGAGGUGUCCUGCGUUCGAACAAGGAUACGAUGAUCACUAGGGGUGUUGCAUCCGUUCCUUCCCCGGUUACGAACUUAUGCGAAUAUAACGAAAAUAUCACACCCCGUCAGUUCACGGAGGCCGUCGUAGAUGCCUUUAAAACGCAUUUCAAGAUCAAGCAACCGAUCUGUUCAGUAUCCUUCGAUAAAUCUGCGAUGAGAACGAACUCUAUCCGUAGUGGAAUUUUGGAACUGGGUUCAUGGAACUGGAUGUUCGGUCAAACGCCAGAGUUCACAUAUAGUCUAUCGAAGGAGUUCGACUGGGGUACCGUUGACGCCGAAUUCAACUCAAAACACGGUGACAUCCUCUCCUGCGCCCUCUCACUCUCUUCUUUUUCUUCAACAGCCUCUCUCCCGCGGUCAGACGCCGAGCAUAUUCUCGACCGGCUUAGGACCGAGCUCAAGGGCCACAAAUACGGCUUCCUGAAAGUCAGAGACCUUGCGUCCGGUAUGAUUCCGCCGAGUUUCGACGGGUACAAACGCUUCUCCGACUACAAGCAGCUCGCAGAGGAGCAAUUGUAUCUGCCGGCUAUCGAUAUGCGCGUGGUUGCCAAUCUCGAACAGCCUCUGAAGCCUAGGGAGACCCCAACUAAGGCCAAGGGCAAGGCGAAGAAAACACCGCCGAAAGACCAGGACGAAGGGAAGAAGGAUCACAGUGUGGACUCAGCGAUACAAGUCCCAGAAUCGCGGACGAAGGAGCGGGUGAGGGUGGUGAAUGAGGUGUUGGGGUGGCUGAUGAGGGAUAUGCGAACGGAGUGGGGGAACUCGAUGCAGUUAAUGAGGAGGCCACCGAAGUUGAUGAGAAAGGAUAUCUUGGGCCUCAGAUCUGAGAACUCGCCGAAGAAGGUGCCGCGCUUGAGGGACAAGAAUGGGUAUUUUAUUGAGGAGAAGAAGAGCUAG